AGCCCACCCUAGAGCAUCCCCUGUUCUUCAAUAAGGGAAGUGGGCAACUGUGCAGCCAAAGCGAACUGCCAAAACGAACAAACCCAAAUAAAAUGGCGAUGUCUUCAUCGAUAUCCAAAGAGUUUUGAGUUUUCGUUUCUAUAUGCGUUUCUUUCUUCGCACCAUCAAAUCCAAUGGCGAUCGAAAACCUAUCCGAAGAUUUGCUCAUGGAGAUUCUCUGGAGGCUUCCUGUGAAAUCCCUGCUUCAACUCAAGUCAGUCUGCAAGAACUGGUACGCUCUCAUCCAAAACCUCAACUUCAUUUACCUCCACCACGAUCGCGCCGCCUCUAUCGCCGCCGAUGAAAACACCGACUGCCUCCUCGUUAAGCGAUUCCUCGAUGGCGGCGAGGGCGGCGUCGCCUUGUCCUUUGUCCCAAACGAAACCCCAGUUGGAGAUAUUGAUAUGCUAUCUGCCACUGGUCUGGAUGUUAAAGAACUGCGAAUCUUGGGUCCUUGUAACGGCGUCGUUUGUCUCACCAGAUUCGCUUUGAACUCCACCAUUGUGAUUUGCAACCCUUCAAUGAAAGAAUUCAGGAUACUUCCUCAACCUUCUUACAAAAAUGACCAUACUACUAAUUUGGGAUUUGGGUAUGAUCCCUUUUCAGAUGAUUAUAAAGUGGUUAGAUUCACGAUGAUGAGUACAGAUUUACUCACUUGGGGCAUUGAUGAAAUGAUUGAAAUAUAUGACUCGAGUACAGAUUCUUGGAGGGAAGUUGACACUGAGUCCCCUAUACAGUCUGGUUUCUACUGUUGUCAUGAUUCGUACACAUCGUGGAAUUGGGAUUGUUUCUGGUACGCCUACCAUAAACAUGGUGGUAGUCCCGUGAUUAUGGCGUUUAGCAUGACCAACGAGGUUUUUGAAGAGAUGCCCGUGCCAGAAGUUUGCUUGUUAGACCAGCACAGUGAAAAGAAACUUUUUGUUUUGAACGAUUCCCUUGUCAUGGUUAUUUAUCCAAAGUGGUGGUCAGACCCAUCUUGGAUUCCACCUGAGGACUUUAUGUCGAAGACCUUUGACAUAUGGGUAAUGAAUGAAGAGGAUGUUGAGGUGUCCUGGACUAAAAAGUUCACUAUCGGACCCUUCCAGGGACUCGAAUGGGCAUUGGGAUUUCGCCAAAAUGGUGAGUUCCUCGUGGAGAGCAACUAUGGACAAAUGAUGUCGUACAACCUUAAUACUCAAGAAAGAAAGGAGUAUCAAGUCCAUGACCAAGUACAAGGUCGUCCUCCACCUCCACAUUUACAAGUUCUUCCAUACACAGAGAGCUUGGUUUCGGUCAACAGAGGCAAUGAGCAUGAUGGACACGUUGAGUAGUAUAUAUAACUCCUCUAUGAGCUUUUGUAAACCUCGAAUGGUUUGAAAGUACGUUUAUGUUGCACAAUGGGCUCGUGAAUCCUUUUGGCGGUUGCUGCCAUUUGCAAUACUACUAAAGGUAAAAGAUGGUGGAUGAUUGGUUCCAAUCAGCUUCUGAGAGGUUUCCUGGCAGUCUUCUUAGGUAAUUUCUUUCAAUAUGCAAAUAGAUGCAGAGGAGGGAAAGGUUUUAGUUUCAUGACUUUUAUGAUGGAAAACCAAUGUUUACUAUCUUGUGUCUUGAGUUUACUUCUCUUUUAUUUCGGUAUUUAUUGGAUUAGGGGAUUUGCUCGCCUCCAAAUUUGGUCUUAAUCAUACGAUUUCCAACUGUUUCACUCUAA